UAUCAUUACAUUAUUAGACACCAAAGAAUUCAAUUCAACAAAUACGGAGCUCAAAACAUUCCCUUCUCACCGGACUCAACCACAGAACCUCCGACCACAGGCUCUCUUUUACGGCGUUGGCAUACAACCCCACUACUUUGAUUCUUCUUCCUCCUUUUCAAGGAGAUAUGAACGAGGAGCAGCAACUUGAUCCUGUAUCUAUAGAUACCGAAGAGGAUGAAGAAAUUGAGCCACUUUCGGGCAAUCCCAUGUUUCAUGUAACUCUUUACAAAUCACACGUCAGUAGUCCAUAUCAAUUGACAAUUCCUGCAGAAAUUACUCAUAUAUUGCCCCAUAAAACAGCCCCAGUUACCCUCACUCGUGGCAAAAAGAGUUGGGAAACAACUUAUUUCGGCAGACAUCCAACCCAUAAAAGAUUUGAAUUAAGCUCGUGGAAAGAAUUUGCUGUUGACAACAAGCUCAAGGUUGGAGAUGUUUGUAUUUUUGAACUCAUGACACUUAGUGAUGAGGCUUUGAAGCUCAAGGUUCAAGUUCUUCGAGGUGACUUUCCUUCUAUUUUACUAGGAAAUGACGGUACAAGUGAUAACCCCAUAGUUGUUGAGUGAAGAUUAUGAUCAAGCUUCUUUAAGGUCUUGACUUAAAUUUCUUAGCUUAGAAAGAUUUGGCUUUUGUUUAAGAAAGUAUUCAAGUACUGUAUUAUAGGCUGAAUUGGAGCAUCCAGUUCAUUGAGGUAAAGCACGUUGGCACCACCGGUCUGCGACAUAGCUUGCUACGAGUCAGUGACCUUAGCUUGGCCCGAAGAUACAUAGUAGUAGUGUAGUACUGCAAAUUUGUAAUAUGGAGUUGAUGUACUGUUAUGUAUAUUGGAUUAUGUAGAGAUUAAGGUUUUCCAAAUGAAGGGAGUGUUAUUAUCAAAAUUAGUUGAUUAUUGUGUUGGAGGCUUGGAGCUCAUUGUUGUAAAAUAUAUUUAAGCAUACUAAUGUUGUUAGCUGCUCUCUAGAAAAGUGUUGAGCAAAUUAGUGGCAGUGAACACUACUCAAGGUAAUUUGGUGUUAAUUUUUUUUA